AUGAGCUUUCGCCCUUAUGGUAGCGAAGAAGUGAGAGUGAUAAGUGACACAUCAAGAUUUAGGUAUGAAUUGGGAAAACGUAAAGCGACCUCACGUAACGUUUCACCUAACUCACAGGAUGACCAUUCUAGUCAAAUAACUUUUGGCUCAAUUUUACCUACAGAAUCAAGAAAUAGAAAUGUCUCUUCCCGAUAUAGAGACCAAGACGCUGCUUUUGAUGGGAGAGGAAUAAAAGACAAACAAUUACCACCAAAGCCAAUAGAUUUUGAAGAUAUCUAUAGUUAUUAUAAAGGGUCGAGGACAAUAACAAGCAAGAUAAGUGAAGGGAGUAUUGAUGAACCAUUCCCAGAAUCGAUUUCAGAUCGACGAGAGAAUGUAGUAGAUUUGCCAUAUAAUAAUUCCCACCCUUUAAAUAUCCCCAGAAUCUCUGCCGACAUGGUUUCUACCACUCUUCAGAAAAAUGAUGCAAUAGAAAAAAAUGACUUGCCCAGUCUAAAGCAGCCAAAGGAUUACUAUAUGGAAUACACCCUGCAGCUAGCUAAUUCUGACACACUGAGUGUAUCUACAAGGAAGAAACAGCUCGAGCAAGAUUUGAUAAGACAGGUUAUGAACAAGCCCUUGUUUAAGAUACAAACUAAGAAUUUUGUUUGGGCAGAUAAACUAGAUGAGAAAGAGAUUGUAAUAUCUUAUCAUAUUAUAUUGUAUCUAAUUGAGGUUAUAUUCGAGGUUAUUGUGAUAUCAUUAUCAAGUGCUUUAUUAAAAAAAGACGGCUCUGUUUCGAAAGCAAUGUAUAGAUACUUCGUUGCCUCAGGAACGGUCUCUUUAAUAGUAUCUUUUUUAUUUAUUUCGACAAUAAUUAAUUUCGAAAAACGAAAUGGCAGCUUUUACUGUUUGGCAGCCGCUUUACUUAUGACAACUGCUUUUAUAUUGGUUACUGCAGUAUUACUCCCAAUGAAGUGCUCAAAUGGGACGAUUUGUUCAAUGCGGAAAGCGGUUGGGGCUUUCAUUAUUCUAUCAACGUUUUUAUGGGUUGGAAACCUAGUUAUAUUCCUUACCACUUUGUACAUAUCCAGGUUAAAUUUGCUACAUGAUAUUAACUUUGAUUAUAGUGAUGAGGGCCUCGACAAAGAGUAUAAUCACUUAGCUGCUGGUUCUGGAAACCUUCAAGACAAUGAUCUUAAAAGAUACUUUUUGAACGAACAUGGAGAGAUGUAUGAAAUAAAUGAUUCUAUGGAUUUGAAGAACAGAAACAAAAUCAUUGUCUACACUUCUUAA